AUGGAAGCCGGGUGCCAAGAAUGCAUCUCGGGCACGAUCCACAAAGGCUUGCCCAAGGGCAAGGAAGAAACAAUUCAUGGGCUGAAUACAUAUGUGAUUGGUAAUCGCGAGAACCCGAGGGGCAUCAUCGUCAUCUACUCAGAUAUCUUUGGCCUUUCCUUGCCAAACAACAAACUCAUCGCCGAUGGAUAUGCCAAAAGCGGCGAGUGGCUCGUCUACCUUCCAGACUUCUUCAAGGGCGAUACCGUAUCGCUGAAGUUUGCCGAUGUGGCGAUUCCAGUUGACGCAGCCAAGCAGUCAACUUUGGCAAAGUAUACCGGCUUGCUAGCCAGCGCACCUUCGCUUGUAAUGUGGUUAGCAAGGCAUAAGCAAGGACCCACGAACAAAAUCUGCAUGGAGUUCUUGGAGGCAUUGAGACGGGCAACCCCUGGAACUCGGAAGAUCGGGAUAAGUGGAAUGUGUUGGGGUGGAAGGUAUGCGCUCCGUGCCGGGCUCGAGAGCCAUAUGAUUGAUCUCGACGGCCAAAAGGUGCCGCUUGUGGACGCAGUGGUUGCGAUGCACCCAAGUAAUCUUGUGCUUGAGGAUGAUGUCAACCCUUUGGUUGUUCCUGCUAGUAUUGGUUGGGGUUUGGAGGAUGAGGCUGUGAAGAUUGAGACGAAAAGCAAAGUGGAGGAGAUCCAUCAGAGAGCGAAGAAGGCAGGAAAGAAAGUGCCGGAAAUAGAGCACAGGAUCUAUAAGCCUGGGAGGCAUGGCUUUUCAGUGAGAGGCAACCCAGACGACCCUCAAGAGAGAGCCUGCCUGGAGGACUCUGAGAAACAGGCGUUGGAUUGGUUUCAGCGUUGGCUUUGA